AUGACCGAAGUUUUGAAUCCAUAUUUUAUGCAAUCAUUGGCUGAAGAUAUGGGUAACCAAAAACACAGUGUACUAAUAGAUAAUUCCAGUGAUGUUUCAGUUUCAAAACACUGGGAAUUGUUAUACGGUACUAUUGUGCAAAAAAAACAAACCAUUGUAUCAGCAUUUCUUAGGAUUUCUUUAGUAGAAACUGCAGACGCAAAAAAUUUGGCAUCUGUUCUUGUUAAUUCCUUGAAAGAUCUUAACAUCCCGAUCGCUAAUAUGGUAGGAAUUGGCACAGAUACUGUAUUGGUGGGAGUCAAUAAUGGUAUUGUCGAACUACUGAAGAGAUCUCAUGGUUUAAUAAAAAUGGCUGAAGCUCAAAAAAGACUGCCAAUAUCAAAAAUGAUAAUGUUUAAUGUUGAAGAAACAUUAAAAGUAAAUAAAAAUAAUGCAAUAGCCGAUGUAGCCAAAGAAUUUGGAUUUAGUAACGAUUUCAUAGACGGUAUGCUGCAAGAAUAA